CCCCCACUACUCAGGAUGGCCUCCCUGCUCUGGGCGACGGUAACACCUGCCCUCUUCUUUUCCCAGCUGGCUGGAGGCGUGAUCCUGGGUGUGGCCCUGUGGCUCCGCCAUGACCCCCAGACCACCAACCUCCUCUACCUGGAGCUGGGAGACAGGCCUGCACCCAACACCUUCUACGUAGGCAUCUACAUUCUCAUUGCCGUGGGCGCCGUGAUGAUGUUCGUCGGGUUCCUGGGCUGCUAUGGCGCCAUCCAGGAGUCACAGUGCCUGCUGGGGACGUUCUUCACCUGCCUGGUGAUCCUCUUUGCCUGUGAAGUGGCCGCUGGCAUCUGGGGCUUCGUCAACAAGGACCAGAUCGCCAAGGACGUGAAGCAGUUCUACGACCAGGCCUUGCAGCAGGCUGUGGUGGACGAUGAUGCCAACAACGCCAAGACGGUGGUGAAGACCUUCCACGAGACGCUCAACUGCUGUGGCUCCAACACGUUGACCACACUGACCACCUCCAUUCUCAAGAACAAACUGUGUCCCUCCGGCAGCACACUGCUGAGCAACCUGCAGGUGCGUGUCCGUGGGCAGGGCCUUCCCGGCUACAGCAGAGCAGCUGAACACAGCCGUGCGGGGACAUCAGGGUUGAGGACACAGCCCAGCCUCUGCCCCCUCUACCAGCACCCUGCCUGCCAGCGCUUGGGCAUCAGGACGGGCACCCGGCACACAGGAAGGUGUUCCGAGGCCUAG